UCAGGGUUUAGGAAAAAUGCGCAGUUUGCAAACUAAUGGAGGGAUGGGGAAGCUGUAGUUUGCAGUACGCAGCGUUUAUGAAUAAUGCACAAUUUGCACACACAUGGGGGAGGAGGGGGUGAACUGCAGUGUGUAGUUUGCAGUGUGUAUGAACAAUGUGCAGUUUGCACACACACGGGGAGGCGGAGGUGAAGUGCAGGGUGUAGUUUGCAGCGAUAUCUUUGGUAUCUUUGGUUUGCAGGUUUCGGGGAUGUCCCAGGCCGGCCCAGCCCAGGGUUCCUGGCGCUGCGGGUGCGGCGAUGGCGGCGGCCGCGGUCCACAGGCUGCUCGUGUCCCGGCUGCAGCGUCUCGCCGCCGGCCUGGCCAGGAGCAGGGCGGCGCUCGGUAAACGGGAGCGGAGGUCUUCAUAUCUCCUGUUGGCUCCAUUACUGGCUCAAACCAAGGCACGUGCUGAUCUGCCCCCUCCACCUUGUGUUUCCACGCACAAUAUUCAGCGCUUCCAAUGGAUUGGAGAAUUUGUUCCAGCUUUCCGAAUCUCAGGCAGUCAAGUGAAUGUUCUAAGUUCCCCGGCAGAAUUCUACGAUACUUUGAAGCAGGAACACAUCAUGACGGCAAAGAAGAGAAUAGUUUUGGCUUCCUUGUACCUUGGGACAGGACCAUUGGAACAGGAGUUGGUUGAUUGUAUUGAGGAAACACUGCAAAGAUCGCAGGACGAAACCACAAUAUCAGAUCUUAGAGUUGCUGUCCUACUCGACUGCACAAGAGGGUCUAGAGGCAAAAAGAACUCUCGGACUAUGCUGAUUCCAUUGCUGAAGAAGUUUCCAAAUCAAGUGCGUAUCUCUCUAUAUCACACCCCCGAUCUCCGCGGUAUUCUCAAACUCCUUGUUCCAGAGCGGUUCAAUGAGACAAUUGGCCUACAACACAUCAAAAUCUACCUCUUUGACAAUAAUGUUAUUAUUAGUGGAGCAAAUCUCAGUGACUCCUACUUUACAAAUCGCCAGGAUCGUUACGUUUUACUCCGUGACUGCCAUGAGCUAGCAGAUUUCUUUGAGGAGCUGGUCAAUGCCGUCAGCGAUAUCUCACUACAGUUGGAGCAGGACGACACAGCAGAGGUGAAACUAGGGAUGGUCCAUCCAUUUACAGGCAGUCGAAGAGAUUUCUGUGCGGCAGCAAACAAGAGGAUCAUGUCUGUGGUGCACGAGGCAAGACGCAAGCAGCAACUCGCAAACCAACUAAUGGGCUUGGCCGAGAGUCCUUCUGGGGAAGAGUCGGCGCUUGAUAGAAACGUGAGGCAGGCGGACACGUGGAUUUACCCACUGAUACAAAUGAAGCCUUUCCAAAUAGAAAUAGAUGAGCAAGUGACUGAGGUUUUGAUGACAGAAGCUGAUGAGGAUUCCAGGAUAUACUUGACUUCAGGUUACUUCAACCUCACUCAAGCCUACAUGGAUCUGAUUUUGGGAACCAGCGCAGACUACCAGAUAUUGUUAGCCUCACCGGAGGUGAAUGGUUUCCUCGGUGCUAAGGGUGUGGCAGGGGCCAUUCCCUCAGCCUAUGUUUACAUUGCCAGGCAGUUUUACAGCAGGUUGUGUCAGGGUGGACUGCAAGAUAGAAUAAUGUUACACGAAUACUUCAGGAAAGGGUGGACUUUCCAUGCAAAAGGUCUGUGGUAUUACUUGUCAGGAAGCAAGUGGCCUUGUCUAACUUUAAUUGGCUCUCCUAACUUUGGAUAUAGAUCAGUGCACAGAGACCUGGAGGCUCAGCUAGUAAUUGUGACAGAAAAUUGCAACCUACAGCAGCAGUUACACCAGGAACAAGAGCAUUUGUACCGUUUAUCAAGUGAAGUUUUGACUACUACAUUUGACCAACCAAAUAGACACGUGAAACUUUGGGUGAAACUGGUAACGCCAUUAAUAAAGAACUUUUUCUAGAAACUAGCGAAGGAUACAGCUGUUAUUAAAAGUCCAGACAUACGUGGGACCUCGGGUGCGGGUUUUAUACACUGGACAUUCGUAAAUGUUUUUUGUUUCUUGACGAUCCACUGGGAUGGCUUUGAUAAAUGCCACUGGCAUCGGUGGCGUAAGUUCCUUCAGUCGUGCAUCAGUAAGGACUCCACUGUUUUUAUCCCAACGUGCACCUUUCGACAUAUAAAAUAUUAUUGGUGAUUUCACUGGAAUAUCUUUUACUGCAAACUUGUAUUUUAUUUACUAAUUGGCAAACAGAAAUAAUGGAAUCUGAAUGAGCCUCUUCCUGAUGGAACAUCUAAGUAAAUUUUGUCAAUUAGAUUUCAUUUUAGCAUCUUGCUAAUUUGGUAAAAGCUAAUAAAAUCCAUCAAAGCU